GAUGCAUUGCAGAGGGUAAGAUGGUAAAUGGGAAUUUAAAAAAGAAGCGGUGGAAGGAAGAGAUACCUGGAAAGAAGGAAAUGGAGUUGGCGCAAGAGGAGGAGGAGGAGCAGCGGGAGUGGCGCCUGUACGAAGCCUACAAUGAGCUUCACGCGCUGGCCCAGGACUUGCAGACGCCCUUCGACGCCCCGGCGGUUCUGGUGGUGGGCCACCAAACGGACGGCAAGAGCGCUCUGGUGGAGGCCCUCAUGGGCUUUCAGUUCAACCACGUUGGAGGCGGCACCAAGACCCGCAGGCCCAUCACCCUUCACAUGAAAUACGACCCCCAAUGCGAGUCCCCUUCUUGCCACCUCGUCUCCGACACUGACCCCUCCCUCUCUCACCACAAAUCCCUCCCCCAAAUUCAGGCUUUCAUCGAAGCUGAAAAUGCCAGGUUGGAGCAGGACUCCAGCCAAUUCUCCGCCAAGGAAAUCAUCAUCAGAGUGGAGUACAAGUACUGCCCCAACCUCACCAUCAUCGACACUCCCGGCCUCAUCGCUCCCGCUCCCGGCCGCAGGAACCGUGCUUUACAGGCCCAGGCACGUGCCGUCGAGGCGCUUGUCCGUGCCAAGAUGCAGCACAAGGAGUUCAUCAUACUCUGCCUUGAGGAUUGCAGCGACUGGAGCAACGCCACCACCAGGCGCGUCGUCAUGCAGGUCGAUCCCGAGCUCGCCAGGACUGUCAUCGUCUCCACUAAACUCGACACCAGGAUCCCCCAGUUCGCCCGCCCUUCCGAUGUCGAGGUUUUCCUCUCGCCGCCUCCCUCCACGCUUGACGGCUGCAUUCUCGGUGAUUCCCCCUUCUUCACCUCCGUGCCUUCCGGAAGAGUGGGCUGUGGAACUGGUUAUCUCUACUCCUCCAAUGACGAGUUCAAACAGGCAGUGUGCUUCAGAGAGAUAGAAGAUGUUGCAUCUUUGGAGGAGAAGUUAGGGAGGGCAUUGUCAAAGCAGGAAAGGAGUAGGAUAGGCGUAAGUAAACUUAGGCUGUUUCUGGAAGAAUUGCUACAGAAGAGGUAUAUAAAUAAUGUACCAUUGAUCAUUCCACUUCUUGAGAAGGAGUAUCGGAGUGUGACAAGGAAAUUGAGUGACAUAAAUCAAGAGUUGAGCACACUUGAUGAAGCUAAACUGAAGGAGAAAGGAAGAGCAUUCCAUGAUAUGUUCUUGACCAAGUUGUCAUUGUUGCUUAAAGGGACAGUUGUUGCACCUCCCGAUAAAUUUGGUGAAACACUGCAAGAUGAACGAAUAAAUGGAGGUGCAUUUAUUGGUGCUGAUGGUGUUCAGUUCCCUCACAAGCUAAUACCUAAUGCAAGUAUGCGACUUUAUGGUGGAGCACAAUAUCAUAGGGCAAUGGCUGAAUUUCGUUUUGUGGUUGGAGGAAUAAAGUGUCCCCCAAUUACUCGUGAAGAAAUUGUAAAUGCUUGUGGAGUCGAAGACAUUCAUGAUGGAACAAAUUACUCUAGGACUGCUUGUGUAAUUGCUGUUGCAAAGGCUCGUGACACAUUUGAACCCUUUCUUCAUCAGUUGGGCUCCAGACUGUUGUAUAUACUUAAGAGACUGCUUCCUAUCUCCGUUUAUCUUCUUCAGAAAGAUAGUGAAUAUCUAAGUGGCCAUGAGGUGUUCCUCAGGCGUGUUGCCUCUGCCUUCAACAACUUUGCCGAAUCUACAGAAAAAUCAUGCCAUGAAAAAUGUAUGGAGGAUUUGGUUAGCACCACCAGAUAUGUUUCAUGGUCUCUCCACAAUAAGAGUCGGGCUGGGUUACGUCAGUUCUUAGAUUCAUUUGGUGGAACAGAACAGACCAACAGUGCUUCUAAUAAUCCUACGGCAACUAAUAUAUCACAAACCAGUGUGCAUGACAGAGAAGACACGAAGUCACAACCAGAUGUAAAACUCAGUCAUGUGGCCUCUGGGAUUGAUUCUAGUUCAUCCAUUCAGACAACAGAAACAAAGCUUGCUGACCUUCUGGAUAGUACACUCUGGAAUAGGAGGCUUGCACCUUCGUCUGAAAGAAUUGUUUAUGGCUUGGUACAACAGAUAUUUCAUGGCAUUAGAGAAUAUUUCCUGGUUUCCACAGAAUUAAAGUUCAACUGUUUCCUUUUGAUGCCCAUUGUGGACAAGUUGCCUGCACUUCUCCGGGAAGACCUAGAAUCUGCCUUUGAAGAUGACUUGGAUAAUGUUUUUGAUAUAACCAAUCUGCAGCAUUCAUUCGGGCAGCAAAAGAGAGAUACCGAAAUUGAACUGAAAAGGAUCCAGAGGCUCAAAGAGAAAUUCAGAAUGAUACAUGAGCAGCUAAUUCAAAAUCAAGUCAUCUGAAUAUGUGAGCUACUGAGUAUAAUUUUCAAAUGAAACAGGCAUGUGAUUUAAAGAUUUAUGAUCUUUCAUUUUCUUAUAUUAAUGUCUAAUGAAUUAUCAUAGUAGAAGAAUGAAUAGGAUGUUGUUUACGAGGACAUUUUGCUGUAGCUAACUGAACAUCUCUUUUCCUGAAGUAGUUCAAGUCAGGUGCUGUUCUUCUAGAAUACAUUGUGUUUGGACAUUCUUUUCUUAUUCUUUUUCGUUACACAUAAACUUUUGGUUGUCAAGAGUUUCAA